AUGGGAAUUGACAGUAUGAGAGUCGGAGGAGGCCGAUGUCCUCCCUUCCUCGUCGGUGGACUUCUCAUCGCUUGUUUAAUGCUCAUUUGCAGCUGGUGGACUUUAUCUACCGAAAAUAUCGAGUUAGUUAGACAGAUCGACGAGUUAAAUGAAGAACUUAAAAUCAGUGCUGAAGAAAGAGAUCAAUGUGUUACAUUACGUGGAAAUUUAGAACAAAGAUACAAGCAUGCAGAGGAUGAAGUGGCAACACUUCAUGUACGUUUGGAGCAGCAAGCAGAAAUAAAGAAAAAAAAUGAUAAAUUAGAAGAUUCUAUUAAUAUGUGCACAAGUGAACUGGAUUCAUUGAAUAAACUAGAUGCCACAAAAACUGCAACAUUGGAAACUUUAAGACUGGAAAAGGAGACUUUUAAUACACAGUUAGAUUCAAAACGUGAUGAAAAUAAAAAACUAUUGAAAGAAAUAGAUCAGUUAAAAGAUGAGCUUGAUAAAGCAAAACUCACAUGUAACACAACUCCUCAAAAGAAAGCUGCAUUUAUUCCACAACCUGCAAGACCAGUAAUUAACAAGAUUCAGUUGGAUCCUGUUCCGGUAUCAGCUGUAAAAAUAUCCUUAACUGGUCAACGUGGUUUGAAAUACCAUGGAAUACCAAUUCUUCCAAAAGAUCCACCUGGCGCUAAGCGCCUAAGUCCUCGCUUCUCUGUUACAAUGCUAAAAGCUCAAACAAGUCCAAAAACACAAAAGAAUAAUGAUUCAAAUGAUGACAUACAGGACAACCCAGACAUGGGAAAUACAGGAACCACGGACGGGAACGUAAUAGAUAGUGACAGAGAUCUACAAUUGAAAGAAGGAACCAUUGGAGACUGA